AAGUUGCUUCAAGCAAGUUUCAUCGUCUUCGUCUUCGAGCAGGCGAGCCUGCUCCGCAACUGAAAAAUUGGAGGUUUUGGACUGCCAUGGCUCAGAUUCCCAACUUAGACAAUGCUCCGAUCAAUCUCACUUCCCUCAGGGAACAGUCUCAGAGGGAGCUUGUGAACAUCCUCAAGAAUAUUCGAGGAAAGAAGUGUUUGGUCAUCGAUCAGAAGCUCAGCGGCUCUCUCUCAUCGAUCAUCCAGACUUCGAUCCUCAAAGAACAUGGGAUUGAAUUGCGACAUCUUUCGGCUGAUCCCAUUCAAACUGACUGUUCCAAGCUGGUUUACCUUGUCCGUUCAGAGCUCACUUUGAUGACGUUGAUUAGUUCGCAUAUUCAUAAUGACACGUCAAAAGGACUGCAGAGAGAAUACUAUGUUUAUUUUGUCCCUCGACGUACGGUUGCUUGUGAGAAGAUCCUUGAGGAGGAAAAGGUCCAUCACUUGUUGACUAUAGGGGAAUACCCGCUAUACAUUGUUCCUUUGGACGAGGAUGUUUUGUCAUUCGAACUUGAUCUUUCUUACAAGGAAUACCUAGUCGAUGGUGAUACAAGCUCACUUUGGCAUAUUGCAAAAGCGAUUCACAAGCUUGAGUUUUCUUUUGGGGUGAUACCAAAUUUGAGGGCGAAAGGCAGGGGUUCAGUGCGUGUUGCUGACAUUCUAAACCGUAUGCAAGCUGAAGAACCGGUUAACUCACCUGAUAUGGUUGUGCCAGAGAUAAAUACUCUCAUCCUGUUAGAUAGGGAGGUGGACAUGGUAACUCCCAUGUGUUCUCAACUAACAUAUGAAGGGCUUCUUGAUGAAUUUCUGCAUAUCAACAAUGGUGCUGUUGAGCUAGAUGCAUCUGUCAUGGGGGCUGCCCAACAAGAGGGAAAGAAGAUGAAAGUUCCACUUAAUUCAAGUGACAAGCUGUUUAAAGAGUUACGGGAUCUCAACUUUGAAGUUGUUGGCCAGAUACUACGUCAAAAAGCACAAUCAAUGAAGCAGGACUACACCGAUGUGACUAGCAAUAACCAGACAGUUUCUGAAUUGAAGGACUUUGUCAAAAAACUGAACUCGUUGCCAGAAAUGACUAGGCACAUAAAUCUUGCUCAGCAUCUGUCAACGUUCACGUCAAAGACAUCAUUUCUUGGACAACUUGACAUGGAACACACAAUUAUUGAGAGUCAAAGUUAUGACAUAUGCUUUGAGCAUAUUGAAGAAAUGAUCCAUAAGCAGGAGCCUCUUGUGAAUGUCCUACGUCUUCUCAUAUUAUUUUCUAUUACAAAUUCUGGGUUGCCCAAAAAACAUUUCGACUAUUUAAGGAGAGAACUACUCCAUAGUUAUGGAUUCGAGCACAUGGUUACACUGAAUAAUUUAGAGAAAGCUGGAUUGCUUAAAAAACAGGAGACGAAAAGCAACUGGCUGACAAUUAAACGUGCCUUGCAACUUGUAGUUGAGGACACUGACACUGCAAACCCCAAUGACAUCUCCUAUGUGUUUUCUGGAUAUGCACCUCUUAGCAUUCGCCUCAUCCAGCAAGCUGUUCGAUCUGGAUGGCGUCCUAUUGAAGAGAUUCUGAGGCUUUUACCCGGACCACAUUCAGAAAUAAAGAGAGGCAGAUUCUCAAGCAGCCCGUCGGUAGACACUUUGCAGGGGCAUUCGGCCAGUGUAGACAAGGUAUCUGAUGGAAGGCGUUCUCUAGUACUUGUUGUCUUCAUUGGUGGUGUAACGUUUGCGGAGAUCUCUGCUCUUCGAUUUCUCAGUGCUCAGGAAGGGAUGGCAUAUGAUUUGAUCAUUGGGACCACGAAAAUGGCCAACGGCCGCACCUUGACCGAAACAUUCAUGGGAAGUUAGAUUGACAAGUAAAGUUUUGCUGGGUUUCAUUUUCUUCUCCUUUCUGCCUCGUAUAAGUAGAUCAAUCCCGUGUGGGCUAGGCUAAUGCUGUGUUUGGUGCUUGCUGAGAUCAAACUUGUUCUUAUUGUUCCAUAUAUUUUCUCGUGACGAUUUAGUGGCAGCAAUUUGAGUAUUUUUUUCGCGUAUUUUGUUCUGUUUGAAUAUACAUUUUAAGUUUUUUUGUAUUAAGUUUAUUGUGGCGAAAAUGGAGAAGCUUAAAAGCACUUCUAGACGAGUUAUAUUCUACUUUUUUGUUA